UGUACCAAGUACAAAAAUAGCUUACGGCGCUCCCACAGUGAAGUCGCUAGUUGUUCUAUUACGAGAUUUACGAGUAAAUGACAGGAGAAUAUUGCUGGUGAGGGAGAGCCUUUACCCCAGCACUUGAACAAAAUACAGUAUAUGAUAAUACUUAUCACCUACAUGAAUGUAGAACACGGUAGAAAUGAUAAAUUGUGAAACAAGAAACUUUAUCAAUAUAAUUUAUACGACAUCGAAAAAGUCUUGGUCACAACAAUGUGAAAUGCAAAGCAGUUGAUUAUAAAUUCUUUCUUAAACCUCUAACUAUGUUAAGUAAAUAUUGUGAAAUCAUUGUUUACUAUGAUGUAAUAAUGAUGACACCUGAAGGAAUAAUGCGAUUACAGCUUUGUCACGCUUAAACAUUAUACAAUAACCGCACGAACUUCACUCAGUUUUACGAGUUGAUAAGCCGGCUGUUAUUUUUAUAUUAGAACGUAACGUCGCAUCAAAACACAUUGGUGUAGAUCAGUGGGUGCUUCACUAAAAUAAUGGCCAAGAAAUUACCAAGUGUCAUGAAGGCGGUAGGCCUUUAUAAAUAUUUACCAAUUUCCGAUGUGAAUAGUCUUGUCGAUUUACAAGUGAGUGUGCCGAGUGUCCAAAGAAACGAAGUGCUGGUUGAGGUGAAGGCCACAGCUGUGAACCCAAUAGACACGAAGUUAAGAGCUCCCAAACCAGAUGUGGAAGCAACACCGCGAAUAUUAGGGUUGGAUGGAGCAGGUAUUGUGGUGGCAAAGGGAGAUGAUGCCACUACUUACAAUAUAGGAGACGAGGUCUUCUUUGUAGGAGACGUGAGAAGCAAGAGUGGCACGAACGCUCAAUAUGUGGCUUUGGACGAAGUUCUUUUAGGACCGAAACCGAAAAAACUGACGUUUGAGCAGGCAGCUGCCAUGCCUCUCACGGCAUAUACCGCAUUUGCUUGCAUCUACGAUAGGUUGCAAGUAACAAAACAAGAUAAAGGUAAAGCUAUCCUGGUCAUCAAUAGCGCUGGAGGCGUUGGAUCUGUAGCUACUCAAGCAGCUAAGAACUUGGGUCUUAAUGUUAUUGGAACAGCAUCGCGCGCUGAGAGUAAAGAGUUUACGCGAAAGUAUGGUACCGACAUUGUUUUGGAUCACACCAAGGAUCUGGCAACGCAAUUGGAGUCUGCAGGGUAUGGGGCUGGAGUUGAUUAUAUUUUGGUAAAUUAUGAUCCUGUUCCUUACUGGGAUACUCUACCCAAACUUAUUAAGCCUGAAGGUCGAAUUUGCCUUGUCACAGAUGCCAGUACUCCAGUUGACAUUAAACUCUUGAAGGAUAAAAGCGUGACAUUGGUCUAUGAAAUGAUGUUUACAAGAAUAAAGUACAAUACUGACAAGAAGUACCGAUAUUCUGAAAUAUUGAAAACAGUAUCAACAUUGAUUGAUGAAGGCAAGCUAGACUGUACACUUACUAAGACGAUGUCGCCGAUAAAUGCUGCCAACUUAAGAGAAGCACAUAAGAUCAUUGAAGAAAAGAAAAUGCUGGGAAAACUAGUGUUAUCUGGAUUUUAAAUACCAAUUUAUACAAACAUCAGUUGUUUCAGCCUAAUUUUUAGGACAUGGUUUUUUACUCUGGAUGUGAGAAUAAGUUAUUUUAGAUAAAGAAUGCAUUUCCAGUUAUUAAAUUGUUGUUUUAAUAAUGAAUUAAUUCUUUUAACUUAAUGUAGGUACACUGCUCAAACCUUUGUAAAUUAGUCUGGAAAAAUUUCAGUGUUUUUCAUGUUUAUUAAUCCAUGCAUCUUAUUUUGUGCAGAAUGAAGCCAUUUAUUUAAAAAAAUGACUUCCAGAAAUCUAGUUCUCUUUCAUUAUCAUAUUUUAAUAAUCAAA